AGCACUACUUCGGCUUCCGUAGCCGAAAGGAUCCUUACUACACUUUCUUCCAGGCGUUUGUCGUUCAAUUCAUUUCCUUUCCCAAACAGACGCAUAUUUUAAGGCGAGUCGGGCGUUACUCCAGCCGGAAGGAAGGAGCAGAGGAGUAAACCCGUCCAGUUAUCACACCUCACAGUCGGCGUUUAGAGAGGUUUGAGCGAGAUCUGUGAUGGAUGAGGGUUAGCACGGACGCUAUCAGGAACAGCUCGUUAUCGAGCGAACAUCGCAGUGUUUGGACGGUGUUCUCGGUGAAACCGCGCUAACGGGAUCCGCUCGGAUCGGACGAAGUUGGAAAUACGGAAAUAACAGUCAUUCAUGGCCCGCAUUAUCAUCAGUUAACCUGAAUUACCGUCACCGCGCCUCGUCGCCCUUCAGACAGAUAUUAAAGUAUGCGGCUGUCAGAAGUGAAGAGUGAUUAGAGUUCCCUCGAAGAGAUUGUGAGCUGAGAGUACAACACAAACAUGUCAUAACGUGCAGAGUCUGACUUUACAACCGAAACCUGCGAGUGACCGAAGCUCAUGAUGUCCGGCGACAGCAGCGGAGAGGACUCGGACCGAGAACCGGACAACACCGUCACACACCGGAUCACCAGCGCAAACCUCACCGGAUACACAGAGAAAGUGGGCAUGGAGAACUUCGAGCUUCUGAAGGUGCUGGGCACCGGAGCGUACGGGAAAGUGUUCCUGGUCCGGAAGAUCAGCGGCCAUGAUAAAGGCAAACUCUAUGCCAUGAAGGUUUUGAAGAAAGCAGCCAUCGUUCAGAAGGCGAAGACGGCUGAGCACACUCGAACAGAGCGCCAGGUGUUGGAACACAUCCGCCAGUCUCCCUUCCUGGUCACCCUUCACUACGCCUUUCAGACGCAAACCAAACUGCAUCUCAUACUCGACUAUGUGAGCGGAGGAGAGAUGUUUACACACCUGUACCAGAGAGACCAUUUCUCCGAGGAUGAGGUCAGGAUCUACGUGGGAGAAAUCAUUCUGGCCCUGGAGCACCUGCACAAGCUUGGCAUCGUGUACCGGGACAUUAAGCUGGAGAACAUCUUACUGGACAGUGAUGGUCAUGUGGUGCUGACAGACUUUGGGCUGAGUAAGGAGUUUCUGGAAGAGGAGAAAGAGAGGACGUACUCAUUCUGUGGCACUAUCGAGUACAUGGCUCCGGAGAUCAUCCGAGGGAAAGCUGGCCAUGGCAUGGCGGUGGACUGGUGGAGUUUGGGGAUUCUGAUGUUUGAGCUGCUGACAGGAGCGUCUCCGUUCACUCUGGAGGGAGAGAGGAAUUCACAGAGCGAGGUGUCCAAACGUAUCCUGCGCUGCGAGCCUCCGUUCCCCUCCAUCAUCGGACCCUUGGCUCAGGAUCUGCUCAGAAAGCUGCUGGUGAAAGACCCUCACAAGAGGCUGGGCUCUGGCCCCCGAGGAGCCGAGGAGAUCAAGUCUCAUGCUUUCUUCAAGGGUUUAAACUGGUCUGACCUGGCAGAGAAGAAGCUCCCGAGUCCGUUCAGACCUGAGCUGCGGAACGAGCUGGAUGUGGGCAACUUUGCAGAGGAGUUUACAGGAAUGGAUCCGGUCUAUUCCCCUGCCAGCACUCCGCCCAGUACAGACCGUCUGUUUCAGGGCUACUCUUUUGUGGCUCCGUCUAUCUUGUUCAAUAAGAACGUGGUGAUGGCGGACGUUCUGGACGCUCAUGUGAAUGUUGACCGGCCCGGUUCUGCUACAGUCCAGCGCAGCGCUAUGCUGAAGGAGUCCCAGUUCUUCCUGCACUAUGAGCUGUGCCUGCAGGGGGCUCCACUGGGCGAGGGCAGCUUCUCCAUCUGCAGGAAGUGCAGACACAGACGGAGCGGCCAGGAGUACGCCGUCAAGAUCAUCAGCAGACGGAUGGAGGCCAUGACUCAGAAAGAGAUCGCAGCACUACGCCUGUGUGAGUCUCACCCCAACAUCGUCACGCUCCACGAGGUCUACACCGAUCAGUAUCACACGUAUCUGGUCAUGGAGCUGUUGCAUGGUGGAGAGCUGCUGGAGCGAAUCCGGAAGAAGAAGGUGUUUGCAGAAUGGGAGGCCAGUCAGCUGAUGAAGAGCCUGGUGUCUGCGGUCAGCUUCAUGCAUGAGGCCGGAGUCGUACACCGAGACCUCAAACCUGAGAACGUGCUGUUUGCGGAUGAGUCGGAUGACUCUGUGUUGAAGGUGAUUGAUCUGGGGUUUGCGCGGUUGUUUCCGAGCGGCAGUGCCCCCCUGCAGACCCCCUGCUUCACCCUGCAGUACGCCGCGCCCGAGCUCUUCCACAGCAAGGGAUACGACCAGGCCUGUGACCUCUGGAGCCUCGGGGUCAUCCUGUACACCAUGCUCUCUGGCCAAGUUCCCUUCCAGAGUGAGAAGAAGGGAAUGACGUCAUCGUACGCAGCUGACAUCAUGCACAAGAUCAAAGAGGGAGAUUUCUCAUUGGACGGGGAAGCCUGGAGGGGCGUGUCUGAAGAGGCCAAAGAUUUAGUGAGAGGUCUGUUAACCGUGGAUCCUGAGCGCCGGCUGAAGCUCUCGGCUCUGAAGGAGAACGCCUGGCUCCAGGGUGGAGGUGUCAUGUCCUCCACCCCUCUCUGCACCCCUGAUGUCCUGGAGUCCACCGGCCCCACCGUCCGCACCUAUGUCAACGCCACCUACAAGGCGUUUAACCGAGGGAAGCGCGAGGGGUUCUUCCUCAAAAGUGUUGACAAUGCGCCGCUGGCGAAACGCCGCAAGAUGAAGAUGACCAGCACUGGUGUGGAGACGAGACGCUCCUCCUCCUCUUCAUCUUCCUCUUCCUCUUCCUCAUCCGCUUCACAUUCCCAGACGCAGAACUGCCCGUCCUUGAAUCCCCACGAGGAGCCCAAACCCUGAGGUCUCCCAGUGCGGCGGCACCUUGUCAUGUUAGACAUUUGAAUGAAUGUAAAAAUGUUUUUAGAGAGAUCUUUUAACUGCAAGAGACGAGUGAAACAUGAGAAACAGAGAUCCGGGAGCGCUGAAAUAUUAGGGAAAGCCGUAUGUGAGCGUGAGAGUGUGUUGUAAUGAUCCACGGAGCAAAGCUUCAUGUCACUCCUUCAGAAGAGUUCUCCGUGUCUGCAUGCUCACAGUAAUCUGAAUGUUUCUCUUGUUUUCAAAGUUGAAGUGAGUCACUGAAUCUCCACACACUGACAAGCAAUUCUCACCAAAGUCAAAACUCAGUGAUAUUAUAUUAUAAUGUUUAUAGGACUAUUACAGAUUAAAAAUGAUUAAUGAGCCAAAUUCAUUCAAAUUGGCAUUACUGCAUUGAAAAAAACUCAUGGAAAAAGUAUGUCUACACAAAUAGUAAUCUUUUUUUUUAUUUAUUUUUUAUUUUUUUACAAAAAUAAGCAACAAAUGUGUUCCUGGAGCACUAAACCAGUCUGAAGUCUCUGGGGUGUAUUUGGAGAAAUAGACAACAAUACAUUGUAUGGGUCACAAUUAUACAUUUCUCUUUUAUGACAAAAAUCAUUAGGAUAUUAAGUAAAGAUCAUGUUCAUGAAGAUAUUUAGUAAAUGUCCUAUCGUAAAUAUAUCAAAGCUUAAUGUUUGAUUAGUAAUAUGCAUUGCUAAGAACUUCAUCUGAACAACUUUAAAGAUGAUUUUCUCAAUAUUUAGAUUUUUUUGCUCCCUCAGAUUCCAGAUUUUCUAAUAUCGUCCUCCGAACAAACCACACAUCAUUGGAGAGAUGAUUUAUUCAGCUUCAGAUCACGUAUAAAUCUCAAUUUUGAGAAAUGUACUGGUUUUGUGCUCCAGGGUCACAGAUUGUGUGUACUAAUGUGGAGGAAAUAUGGGAGAAAAAAAAAAGUCAAACUAUAAACUGCAAAUCUUCAUGCAGAGUAAUUUCUCUCUCGGUGUGUUGUGGUGAACCGCAGGCAGAGGUUUGGUUCAGAUUGACCUUUCCUCUGCUCGUCUGUGGAGAUCUGUAGCUAGCGUGGCUGAUUCCAGAGGUGUGUGUGCAUGAGAAGCAGGCGUCACCAUCAGUUCCUCCUGUUCUUAAGGGCUUCCCGAUCACACGGCCCUCCCUGUUUGGUGUUUUAUUAACCGUCUUCACGGACAUCAGUCUUGCUGUGUUUUAGACUUGAUGCAAGCGUUCAGACUGUGUUGAGCUGACGGUUUUAUUAAGAUGCAAACUGUAAAACACCUCCAGCAGGGUUAUAUAAACUCCACGGUGGAGAGUGAGCAGGGUUUUUAUUGAAACAACACAUUCAUGGUUUGUCUAUGCCAGAAUGAUCAGUUAAUGGAGGAUAGAGAGCGUUUGCACUCGUCUGGGUUUGUCUGCUUCUGUCAGCUCUUCAUGGAUGGAAACAGUGAUGUGAACAGACUGGAACAAGGGCUUUACUCAGCGUCUGUAAUCAAAGCGUCUUUCAGAAGGAGCUUCAUCAGGCCCUGCCACAAACAGAGGUCUUUUAAAGGAAUCGUUCACCCAAAAAUUACACAUUUCUACAAAUGCAUUCAUCCUCGGGUCAUCUGAGAUGAAGGUGAGUUGUUCUUCAUCAGGACUGAUUCGUAGAGACUCGUGGAGAGGAUUAUUGUGAUGUUUUUAUCAGCUCUCAUUCUGACGGCACCCAUUCACUGCAGAGCAUCCACUGAUGAGACACUGAUGCAUUUCUCCAAACCUGAUGAAGAAACACACUCCUCCUGAUCUGGGAUGAACUGAGGAUGAGUAACGGAUGCUGAUUUUACACUAGUAUUGGUAAAUUUGAAUCACAUUUGUCAAUGUGUUUUGGGCUUUAAAAACGUAUUUAUUUCUUCUUACCUGCUCUUUAUAUCUCUAUUGAAGGUGUUGUAUCUUUCUGCUGAAUGUAGUUUAGUGUGUUCUUGUCUAGUUGGUCACCUGCUCUCUUUAGAUCACGCUCUGCGCUGGGGUUUUGUUUUGUGGAUCUUAUACAGAUGAAUAUUUUUGAUUGUGUGAUUUGAAUUGGCGUCGAGUUUGUUCUGACUAUAUUAUGUUGUGAUUUGCAUGUUUUUUUUAUUCUUCUUUUUCCAAUUUCUCGAUAACUUAAAUGUUCUGUCUCUUCCAAAAAAAUUUAAUAAAUGUUUUGUAAUUUUAAAAAAGAGAAAAGACUUCUAAUGACACACACUGUUAUGAGAAUAAAUGAGAUGCAUUGCUGUGCAGUAAGAACAUCACUGAACCCAAAGUAUUCUGUCUUUUCCCUCCUGAAGCCAGUAACGGUUUUAUCAUUUUUUAUUAUUAUUAUUAUUAUUUUUGCUGAUGUUUUUGAUGUUAAUGUGGCUCAGAUCCAUUGAAUUAUCUCUGAGUGACUGUUGGCACAAUGUGAAAUAAAUGAAAGUGAAAUAA